AGAGCUAAGCUAGGAAUGCUGAACACUGUGUCGAAGAUUCGAGGACAGGUGAAAACCACCGGCUACCCGCAGACGGAAGGCUUGCUGGGCGACUGUAUGCUGAAGUUCGGGAAGGAGCUGGGCGAGGGCUCCGCAUUCGGCAAUGCAUUGAUAGAAGUUGGGGAAUCCAUGAAGCUAAUGGCUGAGGUGAAAGACUCUCUUGAUAUUAACGUAAAGCAAACUUUUAUUGACCCACUUCAGUUACUCCAAGACAAAGAUCUAAAAGAGAUUGGGCACCACCUGAAAAAGCUGGAAGGCCGCCGCCUGGAUUAUGAUUAUAAAAAGAAGCGAGUAGGUAAGAUACCAGAUGAAGAAGUCAGACAAGCGGUAGAAAAAUUUGAAGAGUCAAAGGAGUUGGCUGAAAGAAGCAUGUUUAAUUUUUUAGAAAAUGAUGUAGAACAAGUCAGCCAGUUGGCCGUGUUUAUAGAGGCAGCUUUAGACUAUCACAAACAGUCCACGGAGAUCCUGCAGGAGUUACAGAGCAAUCUGCAGAUGCGAAUAUCAGCUGCAUCCAGUGUCCCCAGACGAGAGUAUAAGCCACGGCCCAUCAAAAGGAGUCCUAGUGAGCUCAAUGGGGUGUCCACCACCUCGUCAGGAAAGACAACAGGUUCUAACGUUCCCAUGGACCAGCCCUGCUGUCGUGGUCUCUAUGAUUUUGAGCCAGAAAACCAAGGAGAACUAGGAUUUAAAGAAGGGGACAUCAUUACAUUAACCAAUCAAAUAGAUGAAAACUGGUAUGAAGGGUUGCUACACGGGGAAUCUGGAUUCUUCCCCAUUAAUUAUGUUGAAGUGAUCGUGCCUUUACCUCAGUAA